UUGUGUUCUGAGGAAACAUGCAGGCAAUUGUGGCGUCACAAUACAUGUAUGCAGUGGCUGUGUACUUGACUGUGGUAUCCAGUUCAGUAUUGAAAAAUCUGUGGACAGUAGUGCUGUAAUACGUACACCUAUGGUGUGGCUGAUUCUGUUGACAGAGUGCAUACAGGAAAAGACUUCCAAACUGUACCGGUACCAUUGCAAUAAAACAACUACAUUGUACAAUAAGUAAGUGGAUGAUGAUAAUGCAGCUAGUACAUGAGAAAUAUAAUAAAUAGCGACGUGCACGCGGGACCCCUAUGGAAAUAUACCAAUGGGCUUUUGGGCCUUGCACACAUGUACUUGUAAGCAUGUUGUUGAGUUCAUCUGCAUAAAAUUGAAGUGAAUUGAAUACAUGUACCGUAUGUAAACUGUUAGUGAACAUGAGUCAGUACAUAUAUCAUAGUUACAUGAACAUGUAGUGUGCAUUAAAAUUUAUUUUCAUUCUUAUGUAUGAAGCGUACAACUGAACAAGAUGGCAGAAGGGGGUGUGACUGAUCUAGUCUUGGAUGAGACUCGGAAGGAACUUCAAGAAUGUCCUAUCUGUUACACUGAGUACAAGGAUCCUAGGAGGCUAGACUGCUCACACAGCUUCUGCCUGAAAUGUCUGCAAGAACUCAAACUGACACAAAAUAAGGAUGACAAGAAAAUUGUCUGUCCGUUGUGUCGAAAGGAAACUGCCCUGACCGAAGCUGGCGUGGAAAUGCUACCUGGAGGAUCAAAGGAUGUCAAUCAAAAGGAACAGACUGAAGGUCAGGGGUUAAAAGUCAUGUGUCAGGUAUGCGAUGAGUUGGAGAACGAAGCUAUUUCUCGAUGCGUGGAUUGCAAGCAUUAUCUUUGUCAAGAAUGCCAGAAAGCACACAAUCGAUUUGCAGCACUGAAGAGUCACAAGAUUGUUGCUUUGACAGAGCUACCUGAACUCAAGAAAGUUCCUAAAUGUCGCAAGCAUCCAGAUCAACAUCUCUGUCUGUAUUGUGACACAUGUGAAGUCCUCAUAUGCAAUGAAUGCACAAACUUUGAUCACAGAGAAUCUAUGCAUUCUCAUGUCAGUAUCGACCAGGCGGUUAGCAGAUGUAAACAAGAAGUAAAUGAAUCCGUGUCUAAAACAGAAGAGUACAUUAAAGCAUUCAUUUCUUCGCACCCCGUUUCAACAGACCAUUCACGUUACAGACUUGACAAGAUGCUGGCAAAAACAUACAAACAAAUUUCACAGAAAGCAGAAAAGGAAAUUGCCAAAAUCAGAGAGAAAGAAAAACAACUCAAAAUGGAGGCCAGGGACAUUGCCGCUAAACAAGACAAAGAAUUUGCAUAUGCAGCAACACCACAGCAGACUCUGAGUAAAGUGAAUGAAGUGAUGACUACAGCAUCAUGCUAUGAGAUCCUGGAGUCCAAACAGAAAAUGCUGCGGGAUUUGAAUGAGCAGGUGGAAGUGCAUAAGAGUUUGGAUAUCAAGCAUGGGAAGUCAUUCCUUGGCUUUAAGGAGAGCAAAGAGAUUGGUCAGCUUGGGACUCUGCUCUUGAAGGAGAAAUGGGAGAAGGAUGAGGCCUUUUCAUCAAGUUUAUUUUUUGAUGAUGCCACAGCUCAUGUACAGGUACCAGUAGCAGCAUACUCCACAAGUGAAAUGGUUGUGGCAGACAGUGAUCAAUUGCAUACAUUAGAUCCUAAGGGGAAGGUGAUUUCUACAAAGACCUACAAACCUGACCCUGAUAAACCAAACGAACCCCAUGACCCUAAUGACAUACAGAAAGCAACAGCUCUAGCCAUCAACAAGGAUGAUCAACUUCUGAUCCUAGACAAUCCUGCAGUCAAGAUCUUCAACAAGGAAUACCAGCUCCUUCAUCAGUUCCUACUGGGUAAAGAGGCCGGCGUGGACGGCACGCCGACGUGCCUGGCAGUGGACAGCAGCAAUCUGAUAGCAGUGGGUUACAAGGACAAGGAACAGAUAUCUCUACACAACCCAGAUGGUUCCCUCGUCAGAACACUGCCUGCUCCAAAGAUUGAUGCACAUUUGAUCUUCAGCAACAAGCGGCUUAUUUACACCAACAGCAAGGAAGGUUUGCUGAUGGCUGUUGACUUACAUGGCAACAAACUGUUCAAUCAAAGUUGCUUUUCUCCUGAGGGGCUGUGUUGUGAUGAUGCAGGUGAUAUUUACCUUCGUACCCCAAAUAACUUUUGCCAUUUCAGUGCAGAUGGCAAGCGCAUUGCUUCAUGGUACUGUCCAGAUAGUCCUGAUAUCACAUACACACCUGCACAUAAAUUAGCAGUUACAAAGUGGAACAAGUGGAGGUCAAACACAUACAUGUAUCACUCAGUUUAGAAAUAUGAGCCAUAACAUGGACAAUUUGCAAAUUCAAGCAAUGAAAAUAAUAGGCAGUGAAUACAAAUUCAAAUUCAUUUAUUUUGUACAAAAAUGAUAUCAACACAUUGUAAUAUCUACAUAAACAUGUACAUUAUUGAUGCGCCAUGCACCCAUGAACAUGUGCAAUGUAAACUUUCUGAUUGCAACUUCACAAACAGGACAGACUUAAAACACUUUGAGCCGGAUAUGGAUUGUGCAAAUAGAAAGUUUACAUGCGUUAUAAAAUCUUACAUUUGGUAUCUUACAUUAAUAUUUGGAGCUUGUAUAUAUGUGUUUUAACAGAAGUGCUAGUUUGAUAUUCCUUUUUUUUAAUUCCCAAAAUGACAAAAUUUGUCCCAAACUGAUAACAUAUUGCCUCAGAAAAAUAACAAUAAAUUUAACAUGAGGUGUCAGCCUUAAAAAAAUACCGC